AUGUCGUUGGCAGAGGCAGCGAAGCGGGUGGCGGCGGAGUUCGAGUACCCGGCGGUGGAGGUGAAUCGAGGGGUUAAGGAGUUUCUGAAGGAAAUGGAGGAGGGAUUGGAGAAAGAUGGCACGAGCCUGAGCCAGAUCCCGACAUAUGUCACUGCGGUCCCCGAUGGCACUGAAAAGGGCCUGUACAUGGCCGUCGACCUCGGCGGCACCAACUUCCGCGUCUGCUCGAUCCGCCUCCACGGCAACAGCACCUUCUCCCUCACGCAAUCCAAGAUCCCCAUCCCCCAAUCCCUCAUGACCGCCCCCGCCGCACACGACCUCUUCGCCUUCCUCGCCCAGCAGAUCGGCCUCUUCCUCGAAGAACACCACGGCGAGCACUACGAAGGCGUCCGCAGCUGCAAAUCUGCAUCCGGCGCCCCCGGCUACAAGAACGAGGAGAUCUUCAACCUGGGGUUCACGUUUAGCUUCCCCGUGCAGCAGAGUGGGAUCAACCGCGGCACGCUCAUCCGCUGGACCAAAGGCUUCGACAUCCCCGACGCGAUUGGGAAGGAUGUGUGUAAGCUGCUGCAGGACGAGAUCGACGCGCUGCACCUCCCCGUGCGGGUGGCGGCGCUAGUGAACGACACGGUGGGCACGUUGAUGGCGCGGUCGUACACGGCGCCAGGGAAGACGACAACGUUGCUGGGGUCGAUCUUUGGCACGGGGACGAACGGCGCGUACGUCGAGCGACUAGACGCGGUGAAGAAGCUCGUGGCAAAGAAGGACACAUCCGGUUAUGAUCCGUCGACGGGGCUCAUGAUCGUCAACACCGAGUGGGGCUCCUUCGACAACGCGCUCACUGUCCUCCCCGACACGCCGUACGACCGCGCACUCGACGCCGGGUCGGUGAACCCGGGGAUUCAAAUGUUCGAGAAGCGCGUCUCGGGGAUGUUCCUCGGGGAGAUCCUCCGCCGGGCACUAGUGGCGAUGAUCGCGGACCCGGAGGUGGCGCUAUUCGCCUCCGCGCACUCGGGCACUAAUGAGCUAUCCAGCACAACGAGCAUCUACAAGGGGAGCAAGCUGCUCGAGACGUGGGGGGUCGGGUCGGACUUUUUGAGUGUGUGCCAGACGGACGAUAGCGCGGGGCAUGGGUCGAUUCGGCAGACGCUCGUGAAUCAGUAUGGGCUCCAUGCGCCGAGCGCCGGGGACGCGGCGGCGGUGAAGACGGUGGCGGCGGCGGUGGGGCGGCGGGCGGCGCGGUUGGCGGCGGUGGCAAUCGCGGGGGUGGUGUUAAAGUCGGGGCGGUUGGAGGGAACGGACGAGAUCGACGUUGGGGUGGAUGGGAGCUUGGUGGAGUUCUAUCCUGGGUUCGUGGAGGAGAUUCGAGCGGCUUUGGAUGAGGUGGAGGGGGUGGGGGAGGAGGGGGAGAGGCGGAUACGGAUUGGGAUUGCGAAGGAUGGGAGUGGGGUGGGGGCGGCGUUGAUUGCUUUGGUGGCGGGACGGUUGGGGGAGAGUUGA